AUGAGGACCGCAACUGAAGAGUCAUCCAGCAUCAACAGCAACAGUGCUGGAGGUGGCAGUAGUACCGUCCUGCAGCGUCUUUUGCAGGAGCAGAUGAAUCGGAGUUUUGUGAUGCAGCAACAGCAGGUAGCAGUUGGAGCUGGCGGUGGAGGGCAGGGCACCCCUUCAGAAGAACAUUCCAGGACACCCCACAUUGCCCGACAGGAACCCCAGGGCCAGGAACUACAGACAGAUGGCCUGGAGAAAUUAAGUUCCAGAAUAGUGGGUGGCGGUGGGAGCAAUGGAGGAGGAAGAAGCAGCAGUGGAGGUGGUUCCACCAGUCAGGGUCAAUGCCAAAACCCUGAGGAACUCCCUACUUACGAAGAAGCUAAAGUUCAGUCACAAUACUUCCGUGGCCAUGGGCCUUCGCAUCAAAAGCCGAGCAACCAACCCCAACAGAACACCCCACCUACCUCAGUUGCUGCAACCCUGUAUGUCACCGGGGUAACAGAUUCAAAGCUGCGCACAGAAGGCCGCGCCAAUAUACAGCGUCUUAAUGGGUCGAUUAAGGUACAUCAAGAUGACGGACUAAAGGAUCUCAAACAAGGGCAUGUUCGAUCUCUAAGUGAAAGGCUAAUGCAGCUCUCCCUUGCCACCUCUGGGGUCAAGGCACAUGCUCCAGUCAUUAGCUCUUCACUCUCCCCCCAGUUAUCCCCUACAGGGCAGCCAGGUGAUUACUACAAGCCCCAGCAUCGUGGACCACCUCCAGACUACCCCUUUAAAAGAAUGCGAUCACCUACGAAGCAGCAAGAAACUGGAGGUCUUUUUUAUCAGGAGCAGAGAAGGAGGGAGCAUUCAAGGGAAGUGCCGCAUGUCCGUUAUCAGCCUCCACCAGAGUAUGGCUCAUUCAGGUCUAGUAAAGAAGGUUUGGCUACCACCCAGAAGUCCACUCACUACCACAGCCCCACCUCUUCAAUCAGUUCCGUUGGCUCUUUGUCACGUGCUCAAUCUUCUACUCUUUGUAGUUUACCUAGUACCUUCCACGCCCCCUACUCCUCUCAUAUAUCUGUGCCCCAGCAACAGCCACAUAGUCGUGGUGAGAACUUCCCUAGCAUGGGGAUUCGCAAUCUACAGGGUCUUGUAACCCAGCAGGUAGGUGAGACAUUACCAACAGUGCCAUACAACACGAUGCCACAAAGAUGUCAUGGUUUCCCCAAUGACCGCAAUGGCUCCUUGCCACUGAGUCACAAUAGACAAGAACAGACUCAUCAAUAUGCAAAACAACACGCCGAAGGCCCGCCUCAUCCCGAACCUCAACCUUUUGUCCAAGCCAGACAUUUCCCCCACCUGCAUUCUUACUCCCACUUACAGGGGCAGUCCUUUGAAAUAAUGGCACAUGCCCAACAGAGAGUGGACAUGCUGAAUGAAGAAAACAGGGUUCUGAGGAAGGAAAUUGAUGCCUGCCAUGAUAAAGUCACCAAGUUGCACAAGUUGGAAACAGAGAUUCAACUGGUCUCUGAGGCCUAUGAAACCCUUGCCAGUUCGUCUUCCAAAAAGGAAGCUCUGGAGAAAACAAUGAGGAACAAGCUAGAAUUGGAGGUUCGGCGUCUGCAUGACUUUAACAGGGACCUCAGAGAACGAAUGGAGACAGCCAAUAAGCAGCUCACUGCUAAAGAGUCAGAUGGCUCAGAAAACAACUGUAAGACCAUAUCACAACUUCUUGCACAGAACAAAGAGACCAUACGUGAGAAGGAAAAACUAGAGAUGGAACUGAAUGUUCUGCACUCUACCACCGAAGAUCAGAGGAGACACAUUGAAAUCAGAGACCAGGCCCUUAACAACGCCCAAGCCAAAGUGGUCAAACUCGAGGAGGAGCUAAAGAAGAAACAAGUUUAUGUGGAGAAGGUGGAGAGAAUGCAGCAGGCACUUGCUCAGCUACAGGCAGCCUGUGAGAAGAGAGAACAACUGGAACAUCGACUUCGUACAAGGCUUGAAAAAGAACUUGAAACACUACGCAUGCAACAGCGUCAGGGAGGCACGCAAAACAAUGGCGCAGUCUCAUCAGAGUACAGUGUCACUACACUAAUGGAGCACCUGAGGGAGAAGGAGGAGCGUAUUUUAGCUCUGGAGGCUGAUAUGACUAAGUGGGAACAAAAGUACUUGGAGGAGAGCGUCAUGAGACAGUUUGCCCUCGAGGCUGCUGCUUCUGUUGCUUCUCAAAGGGAUACCUCUGUUACAAUGUUGAGCCAUUCUCUUAGCAGCAGUAGCACCUAUGACACAUCAGUGGAGGCCCGCAUCCAAAAAGAAGAAGAAGAGAUUUUAAUGGCUAAUCGACGUUGUUUGGACAUGGAAAGCAGGAUAAAGAAUCUCCAUGCCCAGAUCAUAGAGAAAGAUGCUAUGAUCAAGGUACUCCAGCAGCGCUCCAAGAAGGAGCCAGUCAAGUUAGAUAUACCAUCUGCGAUGAGGCCCUCCAAGUCUUUGAUGUCCAUCUCUAAUACUGGCCCUGUAAGUUCAGGACUGCUCUCUCACAGCAUUGGACUCAGUAGCUCAGCCAUUACUGAAGAACGCAAAGAUGGCAGCUGGAAAGGAAGUCUAGGGGUUCUUCUUGGUCCAGAAUUUCGCACGGACACUCUUAGAACAGAUUCUAUCACAUCAUCUCCCUCCCCAGUCUUUUCUUCAACGCAAACGACGGCAUUUCACUCGAAGACUGGUAGCAGGGAUAGCUCCACGCAGAUUGACAAGAAUCCGAGUCAGGACACCAGUAAGCCUGGCACUCCAGCCCUUCAAAGCAUGAUGGUGCCGAGCCAAGUGUCCAGCCCCAGCCCUGUCUACUUUCCUGAACGUGUAGCUGAUGGUCCAGUGGUUUAUAGCAACACCCUAGAGCGGAGGGUCCCUGCCCAGUCCCAGAAUCACUCACAGCAACACCUGCCAGCCACGGCCACGUCACAGGAAGUGGACAAGGAUAUGAUGGAGAUUCUCAUCUGA